UUGCCUUUAGGCAGCAGAAAUGGAAAAGCUCUGUCUCCACACAACCAAAAAUGCCUCCUUGCGAUUUUGUACCUGAAAAAUACAAAUCCUAUCCAUAUGAACGUAUGCAGAAGAUUCGCGAACAAAAUAUUUCUCCCUCACUGCAAAUGUAUUACAAGAAGCCAUUGUUGCUGCAUCAAGGACAUAUGCAAUGGUUGUUUGAUUAUGAAGGACAAAGAUACCUUGAUCUCUUUGCUGGAAUUGUCACUGUCAGUGUUGGUCACUGUCACCCGAAGGUAACUAUGGCUACCCAAAACCAGCUUGCUCGCCUGUGGCAUACUACUAAUAUCUACAUGCACCCAUCAAUCCAGGAGUAUGCUGAAAAGCUAACUUCUCUUCUUCCAGAUCCACUUAAGGUGGUUUAUCUAACCAACAGUGGGUCAGAAGCCAACGAUUUGGCCAUGUUCAUGGCAAGGCUGUAUACUCGUAACUUCGACAUAAUCUCUUUCAGAGGAGCAUACCAUGGAGGCAGCCCUUACACACUGGGAUUGACGUCUAUUGGUCUUUAUAAGCAUGGUGUUGCCAAUGGCUUUGGCUGUUCAACAACAAUGUUGCCAGAUGUUUUUCGUGGUCCGUGGGGAGGCAGCCAUUGUAGAGAUUCUCCAGUGCAAACUGUUCGGAAAUGCAGCUGUUCUGAAGGUGCAUGUCAUGCAAACAACCAGUACAUUGAACAGUUCAAAGAUACCCUGAAUACCUCGGUGCCAAAGACAAUAGCUGGAUUUAUCGCUGAACCAAUUCAAGGUGUUAAUGGAGCUGUUCAGUACCCAAGAAGUUUCUUAAAGGAAGCUUAUCAGCUAGUACGGGAAAGAGGGGGUGUUUGUAUUUCAGAUGAAGUACAGACAGGAUUUGGACGGACAGGCAGCCAUUUCUGGGGAUUUCAAACACAUGAUGUAGUCCCUGACAUUGUUACUUUGGCAAAAGGAAUUGGUAAUGGCUUUCCAAUGGCAGCUGUUGUUACAACAAAAGAGAUUGCAAGUUCCUUGGCUCAAAACCUUCACUUUAAUACAUUUGGAGGAAGCCCUUUGGCCUGCGUAGUUGGAGCAGCAGUUCUUGACGCUAUUGAAGAAGAUGGUCUACAAAAAAACAGUGAGGAUGUGGGAACAUAUAUGUUACUGGAGCUGGCUAAACUACGGGAUAAGUUUGAGAUUGUUGGAGAUGUCCGUGGCAAGGGACUUAUGAUUGGAGUAGAAAUGGUGACAGAUAAGGACAGUCGCCAGCCUCUUCCAGCUGAAGAAAUCAAUCAGAUCUGGGAGGACUGUAAAGACAUGGGGGUUCUGAUUGGCAGAGGAGGACUCUAUAGUCAGACAUUUAGAAUUAAACCUCCCAUGUGCAUUACUAAAAAGGAUGUCGACUUUGCUGUGGAAGUAUUUCAUACUGCUUUACAGAGACACAUGGAAAAAGCAGCUGCAAAAUAG